AUGUUGCUUGAGGAUGAGAAGUGCCGAAGCAUUCGACGGAAACUCUGGAAAGAACCAUUGUUGAAACGAGACUUUCCGACGUUGGCAGAUCGAUGGACGUUGCGCCGUGUUUUACCACUUAUUGCCAUUGCCAAUCUGCAUACAGGUGCGAGCAGCUUUCUACUCGGGGUGCACUUGGCCGUAUUCAGCUCCGCGGAGGUGUCUUUGAUAGGCUUCAUUGUGGUGUUGACGAUACACUUAGGGAUGAACCUGGGACAAUACGAACCAAGAUUCCAGACCUAUCGAGACAUUUGGAAGAGACUUCCUACAGCAUACAAAGACAGGUACUAUGAUUUCAUCGCGGAUGCCUUUGAUGCCGAUGCGGAUCUUACCACGCGCUUGCUGGUGACAUCUCAUUUGCAUGGUCCCAGCGGAAGAGCCUGGGAUGCUCUUAUUUUUCUGCUGAUUUUGACUUUAAAGCGUUACUUUUCAGGUAUUGCUCAAAGAGGAAAUCAAAGCUAG